GCUAAUUUGAUAGUACAAGGUAUAGUGAUGAUACGACGCCGUUGCUCCUCGAUACAACCUUCUCUCCACUUUUAUUCAGCCCUAUAUUCUGAAAUAAGAAUUCAGACCUAUUCCCCAAUCUCGCAAUCGGAGAAUUAAUUCUAGGAUUCUACGGAACGAAAGCGCCGCAGAUUUCGAUUCUGGUGUUUGAUUUUGUGGAUCUAAGCAUCCAAGGAAGAACUUAAAAUGGCUGGUCAUAGAGUUGCCCACGCCACUUUGAAGGGACCAAGCGUUGUCAAGGAGAUACUCAUUGCCACUGCACUUGGCAUCGCUGCUGGCAGUGUGUGGAAGAUGCACCACUGGAAUGAGCAGCGAAAGGUUAGGGCUUUCUACGACAUGCUAGAUAAAGGUGAAAUCACUGUGGUUGCUGCAGAAGAAUAGAUAUUUUCUGUAACAAAUUCUCGAUCAAAUUGUUAUUCCCACCAAUAGUUUCUCGAAUCACAAGAGAGCUUCCGUAGUUCGAAUUCCAAUCAAAUAAGACGUACUUGAUUUGUGUGGAUCAUCACACCAUCUUUUUUUUCUGCAGAUAUAAACGCGUUCUUGGUGUCCAA